UCCACAAAUAAAACCGCCGCUAGAAGAUGAACAACAAAGAGGGAUGGGUUUGGGCGCGAUCGAGCGGUGUGGGGGGGGUUCCUCUUUCUGGGGUGGCUGUAGUCUCACGGCCACAAAGCGCCGGCCCCGGCGCUGCGAGGCGCUGGCGAAGCCCGGCGCGUCCAUCUCAGCCUCACGCCGCAGCAGCCGGCGGGGCUGGGGAGCCGCGGCGGCGGCGUCGAUUCCCCGCGCGAGAAGAUGGGGACCGACUGUGGGCUACAAGUAGGAUUGCAGCUCAGAUGCAGAAGACCUUUCUGCAUCAUGCCACGGAUGGCGUAGGGGUAGAUGAGAAGCUAUCUUUACGGCGGGUAGCUGUGGUUGAAGAUUUCUUUGACAUCAUCUAUUCGAUGCAUGUGGAAACAGGGCCAAAUGGAGAACAAAUUCGGAAACAUGCUGGGCAAAAGAGAACUUACAAAGCAAUACAGAAAAAUGUGUGAAAUGCUCAAAGUUUCAAAUACAG